AUGCAUGAAGGUAAUUUAUCUACACGUACAGGAAGUAUGUGCUCAUCUUCAGGGAACAGUAAUAAUAAUAUUAUUAAAAUACCACGUCGUACAUCAGUGACUCCAGUUACACAAAAAUCAUCAUUAGUUCCUCCACUUAGUAGAAAAUCAUUAUGCAAUAACACAACAACCAUCAGUUCAUCUAACGAAGCAACUACGUCUUUUCCAUCGGAAAAAUUACGUCGUAUGUCUACGCUAUUUAGCAUCGAUCGGGCAAAAGCACGUGAAGUCAUUAUGGCUGUACUAGAAGAUCCUGCAAGAACUGAAUUUAAACGUCUUAAAAUAGAAAAUGACAGCCUAACUAGUGAAUGGAAACAAGUACGUAAAAUAUUGGGACAAUUGCAAGCAGAUUAUGAAACAAGUCGCUCAUUAGAUCCUCUAAGACGAUUUAAGCAUUUACAAAGUAUGGUCAAACGUAUUGUUAUGCAUAUACGUAUUACCGAACCGAGUUCCCUGAAGAAAUUUUCUACACAUUCAGAUAAUUCAAGUGAAAUUACAUUACAAGGAGAUGUUCUGCAAAGUGAAACUAAAGUGAAAGAAAUGGAAAAACGUGUUGGACAAAUGUGUGAUAAUUAUUCAAUUGAAGAAUUAACUAUACAAAAUCGACGAUUAAAUGAAUCAAAUGAACGAUUAGAAAAUCGUCUACAAUUAAUAAUACAAACAAUAAAUGAAUUAGAUAACCUGUAUAAUUCUAUUAAAAAUGAUGGCUUCAUUAAACGUUAUACCACUUUAAAAGAUGCCGUUAAACGGAUUGUUACAAAUAAUGAUUUAUAUGAUAAUCCUUAAGUAUAAAAAUAUAACAAUGAAGUAUUUAGUUUUGCUUUUUUUCACUCACUUGGCUCAUAGCUAAUCGUCGUUGUUGGUGUUCUUCUUCUUCUUCUUGAAAAUACUACUUAAAUACUAAAUCCGAUUCUGUACAAAUUUUCCUAAACAAACGAAUAAAUGGGGACAUGUUGAUGAUGUAAUAUCGAAUUUCUGCUUUAUGUUAAUAUGUCAUUGUAACCAAUCAAUAGUUUUGAUUAUUUAUACUAGUAUAUCACUAUGUAAUUGUUUUUCUUUUGUUUUUUAAUACUAAAUUUGUAUCUUCAGUUAUUCAAUAAGCCAUGGAUUGUAUUACACCUUAGAAAUGUGUAUUCUUCGUAUUCCCUUUAAAGUGAAACUUGAUAAAGACAAUAUUUACUAAAGACCAACAUAACAAACAUCUGGAAAAUGG